AUGAAUGCUUCACCUAAGGUGCCAGAUCUGAGAUCUGGCGAGUCGUUGAAAGAGCUGCGUUCCUGCCACUGGCAGUCGGCCUUGGAGCUUUUGCGAGGCACCACCCACGUGGCCGCCUACAAUGUGGUGGUUGGAUCCCUCUCUCGCCAGCGACUCUGGCGGGAAGCCUUGUCGCUUUUGCGACACGUGGUGGAUCAGGAUCUGAGGCCGAAUGUCGCCAGCUAUGCGUCAGCGCUGAGCGGGCUGAGGGCGGCACCUUCAGGGGAGGCGCUUUGUGCAGAGCUGCUGAAGGAGAUGCGGCGCAGGCAACUGCGGCCCAACUUGGUGGUCUACAGCGCAGCGAUCAACGUGGCCGGCGCCAGUGGGGCCUGGCAACAGGCGCUGGCCUACCACUCAGAAGUGGAGACGCGGAAGCUGAAGAAAGACUUGGUCCUACUGAGUUCGACCAUGACGGCCUGUACCAAGGGCUUGUCCUGGGGCAAAGCCUUGGAGCUCUACCACCGUGAGCUGCAUCCCAACACCGCCACCAGCAAUGCUGCGCUCAGUGCCUGUGCAGCUGGCGGCCACUGGCAGGGCGCUCUGCACAUUUUGUCCACCAUGGACCGGGAUGAAAUCUCGUACGUGGCGGCCAUUAGCGCCUGCCGUGCGAGCCGGCAGUGGCAGGUGGCUUUGUGCCUUCUCUCAGGCGCUCGGAGCGUGGUCAGCUUCAGCGCUGCUGUGGCCGUCUUGGAGGCGGAGGGUCGGUGGCGCGAAGCUCUUGCGCUGCUGGAAGUCAUGUGCAGGACUGGACCGGCACCCAACCUGGUGAGCUACAAUGCAGCGAUCAGUGCCUGUGGCAAGGGUCAGCAGUGGCAGCGCGGUUUGCAGCUCCUGGGUGAUUUGCAAACAUUGCAGAUGGAGCCCGGGAUCAUCGCCUGGAACGCAGCCACGAGCGGAUGUGAAAAAGGCCGGCAGUGGGAGGUGGCAGAGCAGCUCCUGAUGGACGCGGAGGCGAGUGAUUUGCCGGUGGACUCCGUGACCUUUAGCGCAGCCGUGUCGGCGUGUGAGAAGGGCUGGCAAUGGUCCCGCAGCCUGCAGCUCUUGUGGUCCAUGCGUUCCCGCCGGCUCUUGGAGGCAGUGGCGUGCAAUGCUGCUCUCAGCGCCUGCGGUCAAUGCAACGAGGUAGCGAAUGCGCUGACACUUUUUCACGAGAUGGUGGAGGAGCGCUUGGCCAACGAGGUCUCCUGCAAUGCGGCCAUUGCGGCCUGUUCUGCAGGCGGUUUGUGGCAAGACGCCUUGCAGCUCCUGACGCGCAUGGCUGCUGCCAACCACCAGCCGCCGCCCGCCACGUAUAAUGCGGUUGCGAAUGCCUGCGGCAGGGCUGGCGAGCUGGGGUAUGCCCUGGACCUUGCCAGUGGCGAUUGCCUGGGCCUUUUGGCUUUGGCGGCCGCAUUUGGGGGCAGCAGCAGCCGGGAGCAGCUCCGAAGGCUCUUGGGCGCCUUGCAUGCGCCGGAGGCCGCGCUGGUUCCGCGAGACGAAGGCCUGACCAAUGCGCUGGGACCGCCGCUGGCACUCGCAGAGGCUUUGUCCCAAGAAGGGCUUUGGGGCGCCUGGGGCGCUGAAUUCCUCCGGAAGAGGUGUCGGGCCUCCUUCCAGCGCCUGAGCCUUCUCUCCGCGAUUCCUUUGAGGCAAGCACGCGACCCCGUGCUAGAGCAGCAGAACAGCCUAGGUGCUUUCUUCACCCAAAAGGCCUUGCGACACCUCAGGUAUAGCAGCGAUGAAAUGCGCUUCGGCUGGCUGGGAGCUCCGCGUGCACAGUGCCGGAGAGAGCUGCAGAAGCUAGGCCUGCCGAUCUACAGCAACGAGCCUGCUGCGCAGCACUUGCCGGCCUGGGCCUCGUCUCCCUUUACCCGGGGGCAAACCUUUGGCAGCGAGGGCGGUGAGGACGGGGAAGCUGACUCGGCGAUUCUGGCGGUCUACGUGGACCACGACCGGUCUUCCCAUGCGGAGAGACACAUACCGCAGAACCCGGCGCGAGCAUCCGGCCCCAUGGACCCGGCACCGGAGACCUUGGGCCGCGAGCGAGAGGAGAGCGAAGACGGGCUGUUGGACCCAGAGGAUCCAGAGGAUCGCCACGUGGCACGUGAGAGGCGAAGGCAUGAGGAGAUGUUCCGUGAGGAGCAGGCACAGCCGGAGCGUUCCUGGCUCUCGCGGAGCCCGAAGCCCACCUCAGCUUCGCGUCCAAUGAUCUGCAUCUUCACACUGCUGGCAGUGAUCUGCGUCCUGGCGCUGCGCCUUUGGCAGGUGGAGAAAUCUGCCAGUCAGAUCGCUGGACCGGAAAGAGCCGCCCCCGAAGCUGCUUUGAUAGCUCCGGCCGCGCCCAAAGACGGCGCAAGGCCUUUGCCAGACCCGGUGCUGCUGUUGAACGAAACAAAGGAGGAGCCCUGCGUGCCUUCCAUGGAGCAAGCGCGGCAGCCAGUUGCGGUGCGGGGGGCAUAUCGAUACGUGCCCAGCGCCAUGGAACAGGCCUGGACGGACACCAGCCGCGUGGGCCAGAUCUGCUCGCUGGCAGCGCAGCAAACUCAGUUGGCCCAAAGGUGGCUGAACUAUUCCUCGGCGGUGUUCUCACCCAAGGGCCAGGUGAUUCGCCCGCCCACGGAAAAUGAAUCGGAGGUGCUCUCGUACUUCGAAUAUGCCGAUGGCAAGCAUUACAUCGAACCUCUCAUUGGAGUUGCCCGCCAUCCAGUGGCGAUUUGCAAUGGCGAUGGACGCAAGCAUUUGUUCGACAUCAAGUAUUUGAUCACCGAGAACCACUGCGACCAGCCGAGACCAGAGACGAGCCGCGCGAGGUUCUUUGAUCUCGGAUGCACCAACAACGGACAGGAUAAUAUUUUUACGGAUUUCGACUACAGCCAGGGCUCCGGUACAGGGCCCUCCAUCCCGCUGUUCUUUCACAUGUAUCGGGAUCGGUGCAUCGAGUUCGAUGAUAUCUACGGCUGGGAGGCGACAUCCCAGAAGCAGACUUCCUGGUGGUCCCCGGUGCCUGACUACCUGCGAGCGCGCCUGCGUUUCUACAAUGUGCCUGUCGAGGAGAUGCCCUGCGUCAAGUCUGUGCAGGGCUCGUAUGCACCUCGCGGCAGCUUUCUGCAGAUGCUCCUGGCGACUGCAAAGCCGGAGGACUUCGUGGUGCUUAAGGUGGACAUCGAUGGGGGCCCGGAGCUGGAGAUCGUCGAAGCGAUCGCCGAGCGGCCUGAGCUGAGCAUUCUGGUGGACGAGCUCUUCUUCGAGUAUCACUUCUACUUCGACGGCAUUCAGUUUGGCUGGGCGCGCGUCAGCAUGGCUCGGAACGUGGACACGGCCAUCAAUUUGAUGUCUCGGUUAAGACAAGCUGGAGUUCGCUCGCAUUUCUGGAUCUAAUUAACCUGACAGCAAGGUUUCGCGGAAGUGACUUGUGGCUGCCCGUCUUCUGACUGCGAUGAAUCCCAGGUCAUUUGCAUAUUGUUGGUACACUGACCCAUGGGACUACUGCCAAACAUGGAUUGUUGUCUACUCUUGGUGGCUCCCAGC